CAAGUGGACUGGAGGGGCAAAUUAGAAAAUAUCCACAUCCACCAAUCUAUUUCCAGAAGAAGAUAAAAUGGAAAAUGAGAGAUAUCUUCAAAGAGGGGUUUUUGGUGAUGAUAAACCCUAGCUAAACCUCCCAGGUCAGUCAUUCCAUUUCCACGAAUUUAGUUUUCCUCGUGAACACAUCACACAUAGAUGCGAUAAGGGCUUAUUUCUGAUGUUAUUUCUUGCGUUCUAUUGAUAUAUUUCCCUGCUCGAUAAUUUCAAAUUGAUUAUGGAGCCUAAAUUCUUGAUUUCCUCGCACAAAUUGCCGCCAUCAGCCUGUGCUGUCCCAUUUUUUCUGUCAUGUACUUCACCCCCGCUUCAGAAAUGUAAACCGUAUACGAAUUUCUUUUUAUCAACUACUGGAAAUUUGAGCAAGACUCCAUUUUUGGGCCAGAAUUUAAUUUUGAGGGGAAAUAAUGAAUCUCACACAAACUCGAGGAAAUAUUUUCCGGUUAUCAGAGCUGGUCUCCCGAAGAGGAGGAAGGAGCUUCCUUUUGAUAAUGUGAUUCAGAGGGAUAAGAAGCUGAAAUUGGUGUUGAAAAUUAGGAAGAUUUUGAUGAGUCAGCCAGAUAGGAUUAUGGCGCUUCGUGAAUUGGGUAGAUUUAGAAGAGCUUUAGGGCUGCAGAAAAAGAGGCGGUUCAUCGCGUUGUUGAAGAAAUUUCCGGCUGUGUUUGAGAUCGUGGAAGAAGGUGUUUAUUCACUUCGGUUCAAGUUGACUCCUGAGGCUGAGAAACUUUACCUCGAGGAGAUGAAGAUUAGGAAUGAGAUGGAGGAUUUUUUGAUUAUUAAGUUAAGGAAAUUGUUGAUGAUGUCAAUUGAUAAGCGGAUUCUGUUGGAGAAGAUUGCUCAUUUGAAGAGUGAUUUGGGGCUUCCAUUGGAGUUUAGGGAUACUAUAUGUCAACGGUACCCACAGUAUUUCAGGGUUGUUGCAACGGGACGGGGGCCUGCGCUGGAGUUGACUCAUUGGGAUCCUGAGCUUGCAGUGUCUGCAGCAGAGAUUGCAGAAGAGGAUAAUAGGCUGAGAGAGGUAGAAGAGAGAGAUUUGAUUAUUGAUAGGACGCCUAGGUUCAAUAGAGUCAAGCUGCCAAAAGGGCUUCAUCUUUCGAAAGGUGAGAUGAGGAGGAUUUCUCUGUUUAGAGAUAUGCCUUACAUUUCGCCUUAUUCUGAUUUUUCGGAUUUGAGGUCUGGUAGCCCAGAAAAGGAAAAACAUGCUUGUGCUGUUGUUCAUGAGAUCUUGAGCCUCACUCUUGAGAAGAGAACACUUGUGGAUCAUUUAACCCAUUUUCGGGAGGAAUUUAGAUUCUCCCAACAGCUAAGAGGCAUGUUGAUAAGGCAUCCGGAUAUGUUCUACAUAUCUCUCAAGGGGGACAGAGACUCAGUUUUUCUCCGUGAAGCUUAUCGCGAUUCUGUAUUGAUAGAAAAAGACAAGAUGCUGCUUAUCAAGGAGAAGCUUCGUGCACUUGUUAAUGUUCCAAGAUUCUCCAAGAGAAAUGCUCGAAGUACCGACUCAGCUGAAGCUGGAACAGGGCAAGAAGACGUGUCAGAUGAAGAGGAUGGGGAUGACUGGUCUGACAUUGACAAUGUGGGAAGUGAUGAAGAUGGUGACGGGGAAGAUUAUGAUGAUGAAUGGAGCGAUGAUGACGAUGAUGACGUGCCUCCAGACUUCAAUGAUGGACAAGAUGAGCCAUUGCCUAGUUUAGAGAGGAGCAAACCAACUGGUAGAGUUAAUGGUGCAACGAAGAAGAGUGAUGAUAGAGUUCUUGCUCCUGUUUUCCCAGAUGGCACACCAAGAGAACGCUGGUAAAUACGAGGCUUAUUAUAUUCACAGAUCAAGAGGUCCAUCUCAAAGUGCUAUAUCGAACCAUAGCCAUGUUAAAACUUUCUGUUGAGGACUCGUUAUUUCUAAGAAGGAUCGAUAUUCAUCAGGCAGUCCAGUAUUGCUCAAGAAUACGAGGAAUUAAUACACAGUCACUGCUUGUUUUGGUCUUGUUAUAUCUUCCUUCCAGUUAGUUUAUGAGAUGUAUGAUGUAUCAUGUAGAACUUCUUAUCCAUGUGAAAAUGCAUCUUACUUUUCUUAAACAUAA